AUGUGUGCCGGGCCUUGGCAUAAAUCACGCGAAUCCAGUACCAAACUACCUUUGAAGGCGUUGAUUGUACAGCCAGCCCAGCGAAUUCCACGAUAUGAACUUCUUAUUAAGCGGUUGAUUGAGCACACUCCGAAGAGCCUGGCUGAUCAUGCUCUUCUUAUUGAGGCGGAGAUUGCACUUCAUCGGAUGGCCGUGCGUGCAAAUGCCAUCAACAACGAGGCGCGCAUUGUUCGACAAGAAGAAGCGUCUGUGGAAGGCGUAAAGUUGCUGGAACGCCUCUUGUCACCGGCGGUAUGUACUCCAUUGAAUCUAUGA